AUGAGUUUCCAAAAUAAAGUAGUGAUUGUGACUGGUGCCAGCUCUGGCAUUGGAGCAGCAACUGCCAUCAAGUUUGCAGAAGAAGGAGCUAAAGUAGCCUUGGUGGGCAGGAACCAAGAGAAACUAAACAAUAUCGCGAAAAAAUGUGGUAAUCCCUUAAUUAUCACUGCUGAUAUUACUAAAGAUGAAGACGCCAAAAGGAUUAUUGAAAAGACCUUAAGAAAUUUUGGAAAAAUUGAUAUUUUAGUAAACAACGCUGGUAUUGGUAGUAGUUCUAAUAUUCUAGAUGAAGGAGUUCUACAAAUAUAUGAUAAAAUAUUAUCUACAAACCUACGCUCAGCAAUUGUUUUGACGCACCUCGCUGCACCACAUAUAGUGAAAACAAAAGGUAACAUUGUGAAUAUAUCAAGCGUUGCUGGUCAUCGCAUGAUUCCUGAGUUUUCUGCUUACUGCACAGCUAAAGCAGGUUUAGACCACUUCACCAGAGCUGUAGCACUUGAACUAGCUCCCCACGGCGUUCGUGUCAAUGUGAUUAAUCCCGGACCUGUAAAAACAGAUAUAAUUGAAAAUUCUGGAGCAACAAAAGAAAUGUCGGAUGCUGCUUUCGAUCGUAUGCGAACGAGGACUGCACUCUCAAGAAUUUCAGAACCCGGUGAGGUAGCCGAUUUAAUUUUGUUUGUAGCCAGUGACAAAUCUAAAGCUAUUACAGGAUCAUCUAUUGUGACUGACAAUGGAAUGAUGUUAAAACCUUGA